AGAUCACGUUUACACUGAAUGACUACUGUGGAGAACAAAGAAGAGCAGUGUCAGAACAGCCUAAAUAAGAUUUACGCCGAUCUUCUUCAUCUUAUCUGCUCUUUUGAAAAAGGCAGCGGUUCCGAGCUAACGGUCCGUUUGCGACAAGUUGAAUCUGGGUUAGAGCAAUUGCGAGAAACUAUUCGACAAAUCCCUGAUAUUCAAAACGACGAGCAGUCUCAGCGCGACAAGAUCUCUUCACUUUAUAGGCAAAUAAAACUAAAAGAUGAGCUCAUCCAGUCCUUCGUCCACUACGACAUCGUUGACGGAAGUGAAAGAGUCGACGUCAAGCGCGACUGAAGGUUCAGCAAAUGAGCAACGACUUGUAUGUUCAAUAUGUGGAAGCGUGGUUUUAUUAGCUGGUGCCGGGCGCUGGUCAGACAGGGUUGAAAUUCUCCCGCUAUGUCGACAGCAAAAAGACGUAGCUACUCAGAAGGAGAAGGUGACAGGAUUUUGGACAGUUCGAAAUAUGUACGAUUUUGAAAAUGUCGGCUUCACUAACUCUGUUGAUGGGAUGAAGUAUCUGACUUGUGCCGACUGUGAAUACGGUCCUAUAGGGUUUCUGGAUGUUGAUACGAAGAUUCACUAUGUUAGUCCAGCUAGAGUUUCGUACAAGUAAAGGCAGUAGUAUUUUGUGCGCUAUAUCAAGCAUGGUAUUGUUCCUAUGUUUAUGAUUUUUUUUCUUAAUUUAUACUUGUUCA